AUGAACAAAUGGGAAAUAAAAGGAAACGAGAGAAGUCGAUGGGGAGCUUGUGGAGUGGCACAUGGACAAUACCUUUACAUUAUAGGUGGCACUACUAGAAGUAAUACCACAGCAACUGGAUUAACUAAAGUAGAAAGGUUUGAUCCAGAUUUUGAGAUUUUGGAAGAGGUCGCAUCUUUGAAUGAGGUACGGCAUGAUGCAUUUGGAGCAGCCAUGAAUGACAGGAUAUAUGUUGCAGGUGGAAUUCAAUUGAGAGAGCAGAGAAGUAUACUGCUGAAUACAUGUGAGGUGUACAAUCCAUCAACCAACGAAUGGCGUCUGAUGGGAAACCUCUGUGUACCACGUCAUUCUGCAAGCAUGGUGUGCUUCAGCGGACGUAUGUAUGUCAUUGGUGGCUUAAAGAAUACCUCCAAGUAUUAUACAGCUAGAGAGUUGUCAGUUGAAAUGUUUGAUUCUGAAACAAAUGAAUGGAAGGAAAAAACCACCAUACCUGUUGCCAAUGAAAAUGGAGAAGAAAGGAGGAAGCAAAUACACUACAAAGCUUGUAUUGCAUCAGUUCACAAAGAUGUAUUAGAGAAAUGCAUUUAA